AUGGCAACAAAUGCAAUCAAUUCUAUUUUAUUUGGUCAUACCAUCAUGAAUGACACUAAUAGUAAUAAUUCAACUCAACAAGAGGACGAUUUAAAAAAGCCAACGCAACACGCUAAUUUCUCUGUAGCAAAAAUCGAGUUGGAGGAUGACCGCGAGGAUGAAGGAUCUCAAGACGAGUAUUUGCCAAUGAUGAGCAAUCAAAAGGAUAUAAGAGUAGCAAUCAUAAUGAUUAUACUUGGAACAGGAUAUUUAUUCCCUUUUGAAAGUUUCCUAAUGUCAUUGGACUAUUUCACAGUUCUUUAUCCAGAGUACAAGAUUUAUUCAACGUUUCCAUUUGUUUAUAUGGGUGCCAUUGCCAUUACCUUUCUCUUUUUCCUCAAGUUUCCAAACUUUUCAUCGCACACCAAGCGAAUGGUGUUUGGAUUUGGAUUUUACAUUUUGAUCAUGAUUGCCGUCCCCAUCAUCAACUUGACUUCGGCCGGUGGAUCAUUCACAUCCUACAUUAUUACUCUUGUCCUAAUGAUCCUAACAGGUGUCAUUGAUGGUUUUGUUCAAGGUACUGUUUAUGCCAUUGCUGGUUUAAUGGGUCCACAAUACACUCAAUAUACUCAAGUUGGAGUUGGAUUAGCAGGUAUAAUAGUAUCAGUUACUAGAAUUAUAUCAAAAGUAUCAUUUGCACAAACUGCUGAAGGAAUGAAACAAGGAUCAUUGUUAUUCUUCUUGAUUAGUGCAUUUGUCAUUUUGGUUGCAUUGGGGUCAUUCCUCUAUCUAUUGAAAUUACCGGUUGGCAUUAAUAUUAGAAACAGUCAACUCAAGAAACCAGCCGUAUCAUCACCAUCAACCAAACAAGAAAAAUCAAAACGUGAAUCUGGUGCUCUUAGAUUUAUCUUUAGAAAGAAUCUUCAAUUGGCAAUGAUGAAUUUCUAUAUAUUUGUCAUUUCAAUGUUUUUAUUCCCAGGUAUUGUUCUAGAAAUUCAAUCAUACACUAUUCGUCCAGAUUGGUUUGUUAUCAUCUUAUUGACUGUUCAUAAUGUAUUUGAUUUUAUUGGAAAGACAGUACCAGGAUUUGUACAUCGAGAUGGAAAGAUUCCAUCAUACCCAGUUCUUUGGGCAAUCACAUUGGGUCGAUCCAUAUUUGUUGCACUCUUUUUCAUUUGUGUCUACACUAAAACAUUUACAAGUGAUGCAUGGCCAAUUGUAUUCCUUAUCAUUUUCGGGUUCUCAAAUGGUUAUGUUUGUUCUAUUGUCAUGUCUGAAGGUCCAAGAUUAGUAAAACGUGAUUUAAAGGAAUUAUCUGGUAUAUUUAUGACAACAUCAUUGAUUAUAGGUCUAACAAUUGGUAGUACUUUGAAUUUUAUGGUGAUUCAAUUAACUCAUUAA